AUGUGCUAUUUCAGAAAUCACUACGUCAAUCAAAAAAACCACAUACACUUAUUCCCGAUCAAAAAAAUGUGAGUUUCCAUUCGAAUACUUCCGUUCAAUGAUUUAAUUAAGAAAAUAUAAUUGAAUUGUGUGUAAGUGUAGUCGAGUAAUAUUCAAAGUACAACAAAUGAGAUCAAAAUCUCAGAUUCUUAGAAUAUGAUUCAAAAAAUAUACACACAUAUUAUAUCUAACAUCAUUUUCAGACUGUCAUAUGCAGUCUGAACACAUGAUCACUAAUUGUGUCACUUUUUCUUGAGUUAUCGCCUUUUUCCAUAGAAAAAGUACAAACAACAAAAUUGUUGAUCCAUACAUUUUUCCGAAAAAGUGCAAACUUGUGUAAUUCCCAAAAGUUUUCUCCUCUUCCAUUUUCGAAAAAAAAUAAAUGUGUUUCUCUCUCUUCCUUUUCUGAAAACAAAUCAUAACAUCGUGUAAAAUUGUUUUUUUGUGUCUUCUUCUUCUUUCUCCAUUCUUUGGACCCUUCUUCUAAACAGUCACCCUCAUGUUUUUUUCUAUUUGCCUUUUUUGGUUUUUUGUGCUCUUCUUUUUUCCUCGUCGUUUUUUUUAUUUUCCAUACAUUCUAUUCCAUUCCAUUCGAUUGCAAUUUCUAUGGUCCAAGUAGUUUUCUUUCUUUUUCUUCCCAACUUCUCUUUUUAUGGAGCAACAUCGGCGGCCUUCUUCUUCGUCUUCUUUUUUUUCUUUCGUUUUUUUUUUCUUUCUUGCUUCAUUCCCUUCUGCGCACCAUUUGGCCCCGCCCUAAAACGGAGAGCUCACUGAGCAACGACGAGAGAAACUAAAAAGGCGAAGACGGCAGGCACGUGUAUGUGCUUAGCUUCAGUUUUUUGCUCAACUAACACUGAAUAAAACUAAACUACUAAAAAUUGUUUCUACUCUGACAAAUUCUAUUCAUCUUCAUCAUUUCCAUUUCUAUAUUAUUCUAUUACUAUUUUAUUUCAUUUCAAAACGUUUUUCAAUUUGAAUUUAAUUGUUCAUCUUCAUCAUGCAUGUUUUUUAUAGUAUGAACGGUACUCUGGCCGAUCAACUACAGAGUCAUUUAUCAGCAACAUAUGGAUCAAAUAUGAUGGGUGGUCAACGUUCAGCAAGUGGUAAUGGAUCCGAUGAUCAUUCUGGCUCUCAACAACAAUCAUUAUUUAUGAAUGGUACAACGGCUUCAGUUUCAAAUUCAAAUGGAUCUGGCGAGAAAUUCCCAUCUUACAAAAGAAUGGCACAACGUAAGGAUUCUUGAAGUCUUAGAUUUUUAUUUGGCUGCUUAAAAUGUUUUCGAAUCAUCAAAAACUGAUUGGUUUCAAAUCAACAAUUAUUAAUUUUUUUGCAGGUCGAAAAGUACCCGAAGGCGAACUUUGUGCAGUCUGCUCGGAUCUUGCUACAGGAUAUCACUAUGGUGUCGCAAGUUGUAACGGAUGGUGAGCGCAAUUUCCUUAAACUUCAAAGAUCGCUUCUACAUAGUUUCGAAUUUCUCUCUGCCUUCCAACAAAAAACCCAUCUCGAAUUCCAAACACAAUUUUUCUUGCUUUUCGCACAGAAAACAACACGAGAACCGCCAGGGCGAGAAAAUAUUUCGUAAAGUGAAAAUGCACUUUUUUGCGCCUCUCUAGUUUUUGUCAAUCAACCGAAAAGAAGAGGCACUUUUUUUCUGACAAAUAAAAAAAAACAACAAGAUGGUUUUGGAUGUGUUGGCUUUACCCAUUUUUUAGAGAUUUUGACUGGGAAGGAUUUUUGUUUUACUUAAAAUGAGAAAAAGCGCCUCAUAAAAUUUGAUUAACAUAUAGAAAACAAAGAAAAUAAUAACAACAUGUUGUUUUAGCAAAACCUUCUUCCGCCGAACAAUUGUCAGUGAACAGACAUUCAUUUGUCAAUAUAAUGGAAAUUGUGAUGUUAACAAAAGUGAGUUUAUGAAACUAUCAUUCUAGGGAUCCUAAUUCUUAAUCUGUAAUCAAGAUUUUUAAGAAUUCAAAAAUCUGUUGUUGAAUUCCUAUUUUUCGGCUUAAUCCACAACCAUGUCACACUUUUGAUUAAACAAGAAAAACAUUUUAUUUUUCAUUCUAAAAGUCAGAAAAGUUGAUGUUUGAUCCAAUAAUCUUUAAGACAAUCUAUUUUCAGAUAUUCGAUGCGCUUGUCGACAUUGCCGAUUCAAUAAAUGUUUGCUGGUUGGAAUGGAUGCGAAAGGUUAGUUUCGGUUCCAAAAUCAAACAAAACACAAAGGGAAAUCCCCCUCCCCCUCUUCCAAAAAAAAGAGACCAAAAAAUGAGAGUGCGUCUGUGUGUAAAAAAUUCAAUUAUUUAUUCGAGCGAUUUUCGACCACUCAAACACAGAAUAAAAUAAUAUAGAUGUAUUUUUUGAACUAUUACAUAGACAUGUUUACAUUUCUCCCUCCCAAUGAAUGAAAUUUAAUUGGGAGGAUGUGUGGAUGGAUGUGAGGAGGAAAAAUAAUGACAUCAACAAAAUGAUUCUGAUCUUUGAGUUGAGUGAGCAAAAAAGGAGAAUGUAGCGUUUUUUUGGGUGAAUCGUAGAACAGGCCCCCACCAAUGUCAUUUUAAGCCCCCACUAGUCAGACAUAUUAUAGGUCCCCACCUUAUUAUGGUCAGAAAUCUUGUUGGUGGGGACCUAAAAUUAAGUUGACACGUGGGGGCUCAAAAUGAUAGUGGUGGGGACCUUUUUUCCGAAAUACCCUAUGAUCGAAAUAAAAGCCCCCAACUCUAUUAAAAUUAUGUGAAAAUAGACCCCCACAUACAAAUAUAAGUCCCACCCCAAUACAGGCCCCCAUCCAAAAAUAAGUCCCCACAUAGUCAUUUUAGGUCCCCAUUUCCAUUGAGUGGGGACUCGGUGGGGACUUUUACUUGUUGGUGGGGACUUACUUUGAGGUGGGGGCCUAUUCUGCGAUUCACCCAUUUCUUUCUAGGUUCUAUGGAAAAAGUCCAAUUGUUGUCGAGCGGCGAAAAAAAGAGAGAGAAAAAUGCUCUUUCGAUUUUUGUUCUCUGUUCAGAUUUAUUGCCUUGAGAUGUUUGGUGUCAAUAAAAAGAAACACAUUUUUCUGAAAUCACCCAAUAAAGCACAGAAUAACGGGGAGCACAUAUACAUAAACAUAGUGGAAAAAUAUAUACCAAUUAUUUUUGCAGCAAUUCAAAAUGAUCGUGAUCGCAUUGGCCCGACGAAGAAGAUUAAAAUGAGCAGUGGAUCAGAUGAUGAGCAAGCAGUUACACCACAUCGAUUACAAGAUCAAGAAAUUAUCGAUCAAUUAACACAAGUCGAAGGUUUAUGUCAGGAAUUGCGAAGAUGUAUUAUUCCUGAUGUUACUGGUGUUACACACGCUCUCACAUCACCGUGUUUAUUAUUCGAAACAACCGAGUUGAAAAUUGAUGUGAGUUUGGUACGCUAAUUUUGGGUAUUUUUUGAGGUCACUAACUGGUUUUUCUAUCGCUUUUUAGCUUAUAGUGUCAGAACUGUUCCCUGUUACUGAACGAAAUUUUGUUAGAUGUGUUUUUUGUUGUUAAUUGUCAGUUUGCUUGUUGGCAUCAGUUGUUUUUGCAGACGAGUACUGUAUUCAAAGAACUUUAUCCGGCGUCGAUGAAUGAUAUUCGAAUGUGGAAUAUUCGAGAAAUGCGGAUUUGUAUUGAAUGGGCAAAAACAUUUGAUGUCUAUCAACGAAUGAAUUUGUUUGAUCAAUUCGCGUUGGUUCGUAAUUUUGCAUUUGCCUUCAAUUUGUUGAAUCGAGUAUUUUAUUCACCUGAUCAUGGCCCAGACAAAAUAGUAUUUCAAAAUGGCGCUUUCAUUAUGCGACAACCUCAACAACAGGUGCAAUUAUCAGGUUGUCGACCAAUUUAUACACGUCAAAUGGAUGAAAUUAUGAUUCCAUUCCGAAAACUUCAGCUGAAUGUAUCUGAAUUUGCCACAUUUAAAGCUGCACUUUUCUUCAAUCCAGGUAGAUCAAAAUACACUAGAACAACUAGAUUAUGAUGUGAUAAAUUUUCAGAUGCUCUUGAUCUUUCUCCAAUCGCAAAAGUUGAAGUUUUUGAAGAGCGCAAUAAAUAUUUGGGAGCUUUAUUCACAUGUAUCACACAAAAACUCGGUAUUCCAAGCGGUGUUCAAAAAUAUGGUAGUCUUUUGAUGAUGACCGCUUCGAUUCAGGUAAAUUCAAUAUUUUAAAAGACGUGAAUAUUUUGUAAGAAAAACAUCUUGUUUUCAGAACAUUUUGGCACAAAAUGAAGAGAAUAUGCAAGUAAUGGAGCUGUUCAAAAAUUGGGAAGUCGAUCCAUUCGUCAAAGAACUUUGUAUGAAACGAGCAUAA